CCGCUGGGAAGCACUGACCAGGAUUCGACGGCCGGGUGGAAUUAAACGCUCAGUUGCCCAGUGCCACUCGUUUUGGCCUUCCCCCGAGUGAAGUCGCCCAGCAUCCACUGUGAAGUGCAAACUGAGAACUAACUCCUGUUUGAGCAAGCUUUGUUGCCGAGAAGCUUUGUUUAAUCAUAUCCUUCGUCUUCAUCCUUGCAUCAUACUACUUGCCAGCCAGCCAUGCCCAACGCAAUCAAGCCUACGCCCAUGCUUCUUCUACAUCUCAUCGCCCUUGCUUUUACCUUACCUGCCUUCACAGCUAGCAACGAGCAAUUCGUCUACUCUGGGUUCACCGGCGCCACCAACAUCACAGUGGACGGCUCGGCCGCGAUCAUGCCGUCCGGCCUGCUCGAGCUGACCAACGGCAGUUACCAGCUAAAAGGCCAUGCCUUGUACGCGACUCCACUGCGGUUCCGCAGGUCGCCCAACGGCACGGUGCAUUCCUUCUUCGUCUCCUUCGCGUUUGGCAUCAUCUCUGCCUUCACCGAUGUGAGCGGCCAAGGCAUGGCCUUCUUCCUCGCCCCGAGCAUGGACUUCUCCACUGCGCUUCCAAGCCAGUACAUGGGCCUCGUCAACGACCGCAACAACGGCAACGCGAGCAACCAUAUCCUCGCCGUGGAGCUCGACACCGUGCAGAACAACGAGUUCGGUGACAUCGACAGCAACCAUGUGGGCAUCAACAUCGACGGCCUCAACUCCGUCAACUCCAGCAGCGCUGGCUACUACGACGACAAGAGUGGCAGCUUCUACAACCUGACGCUGAUGAGCAGUGAGGUGAUGCGGGUGUGGAUAGACUACGACGGGGAGGCCAAGCGUCUGGACGUGACCUUGGCUCCCGUCAAAAUGGCGAAACCUGUAAGGCCGCUCGUCUCUUCCACCCAGGAUCUCUCCCAAGUGCUGACAGACAUGUCGUUCGUUGGGUUCUCAUCUGCAACUGGCAUGGUCAACACACGUCACUACCUACUUGGCUGGAGCUUCGGCAUGAACGCUCCAGCUCCACCCAUUGAUAUCGCCAAGCUGCCCAGGUUGCCUCGUGCUGUUGGCCCCAAGAAGGGUGUCCUGGUGAUCGUCGUUCUGCCUGUGGCGACAGCCUCCUUCCUCCUCACAGUGAGCGUAGUUGCAUUCCUGGCAGUGAAGAGACAUGUGAGGUAUGCUGAGGUGCGUGAAGAUUGGGAGGAUGAAUUUGGGGCUCACAGGUUCUCGUACAGGGAUCUAUACUGUGCGACAGAGGGAUUCAAGGACGAGCACCUGCUCGGCGUAGGAGGCUUUGGGAGGGUGUACAAGGGCCUUCUUCCUGUAUCAAAACUGGAGAUUGCAGUAAAGAGGGUGUCUCACGACUCAAAGCAGGGCAUGAAGCAGUUCAUCGCAGAGGUUGUCAGCAUUGGUCGCCUGCAGCACCGAAAUAUUGUCAGGUUACUUGGUUACUGCCGUCGAAAAGGUGAACUCCUUUUGGUGUAUGAAUAUAUGCCCAAUGGAAGUCUUGAUAAGUAUGUGUUUGGGUGCGAUCACAACCACAAUGAUAAUGUUAAACUAAAUUGGAGCCAAAGGUUUCACGUAAUCAAAGGCAUCGCAUCGGGUUUGCAUUAUCUUCAUGAUGAGUGGGAGAAAGUUACCAUCCACCGGGAUAUCAAAGCUAGCAACGUGCUGCUUGACAAUCAGAUGAAUGGAAGGUUGGGUGACUUCGGCCUUGCAAGACUGUACGAUCAUGGUGUGGACCCACAAACCACACAUGUGGUUGGCACCUUAGGGUACCUAGCUCCUGAGCUUGCUAGAACUGGCAAGGCCACCCCUGUAACGGAUGUGUAUGCAUUCGGAGUGUUCGUACUUGAGGUGACUUGUGGGAGAAGACCUAUUAACCAAUCAUCUGAUGAAGACAACCAACUCAUGUUAGUCGACUGGGUACUCGAGAAUUGGCAGAAAGGAUCACUCAUUGACACGGUAGACAUUAAGCUUCAAGGUGACUACGACACGGACGACGCGUGUCGCUUGCUGAAAUUAGGAUUGCUCUGUUCACACCCAUUUCGAAAUUCGAGGCCCAACAUGCGACAAGUUUUGGAGUACCUCGACGGGGAUAAGCCAUUGCCAGAGCUAUCACCAGCUAAUUUGAGCUUUUACGUGAUGUCCAUGAUGCAAAAUGAAGGAUUUGACGAUUGCAUCAUGUCGUCCUGCGUGACAAGCCUUGCUACAGUGUCCGACCUAUCGGGUGCACGGUGAUCCAUCGGUGUAAGAUGGUAUUUCGUCCUGUGGGGUGCAAAAGGAAUCACAGUUUGAGCAUAGAGUGUUUAGCAUAUAUAAUUUGUACUUAUAGUGUGUUUAAGUUUGCAUCGGUCUUGUAACAUCUUAAGACUUUUCCUAUUUAUACUCUCCUAAUACAAAAUCAGCAGACCUCGUUCUGUUCUUUCAAUAAAAAUUGCUUUCAGAAACAA